AAGUUCGAUUUUAAACUCGAUGACUAAAAAGUAUUAUGGCGGAAAGUGAUUUUAUGUGUGCUAACCUAUAAUAUCAAAAGUUUUCUUUUUCAUGAAAAAAGAUAAGUGGGCAAGGUUAUUUGAUCGCUGGGUUCAUAGGUAUUGAUACCGCUUGUCAUACGAGACAAAACCAAAAAGAAAGAAAUUAUUUUUUCUGUUAAAUGUAAUGGUAUAUCUACAACAAUGAGAUCAGACAAUAGCAGCACGGGUAUGAAAAUAAUUCGAGCUAAAAACGGAAAAAUAAUUGAAACGGCUGAAGGAAUUUUAUGCGAAUAUGUGAAUAACGAUGGAAAUAUCACAUUAAAAUUUGUACAGACACACUCGAGUUGUAGCACAUCAUCGUCAACAACUGAAAAUGCGAGCAUAAUGCCAUGCAGUAUAACGCUAGCCACUACGCAAGAAAAUAAUUACAAUAAAAAUAUAGAAAAAUUUUUCAUUGCACAUGACUUUUUACUUUCUUCGUCAGACACAUCUAAUGAUGAAGAAUUACAAUACAUAUGUUUAAUGCAAAAGAAGAAAAAACUACGAACGAAACAUUGUAUUCGUAAUGUCAUUGAUCAAUAUACUGAAGAAGAAUUUAAAAACAAUUUUAGACUUUCAAGAAGAAUAUGUAAUCAUAUUAUUGAUUUAUUCGAAAAAAGCGAUUAUUAUCCUAAGAGUUUUUGCGGAAGAAAAAAGAAAACGGCUAAAAAACAUAUUUUAGUUUUUUUAUAGUAUGUACGUCAAUUUUUUUAUAAAUUUUUAAAUAUAUGAAACAGUUUUAGUAAAUACUGCUGGUAAAGAAAUAUAUGUGUUUUUUAAU